AUGAAACUCGCCACCAUCCUCUCAAUCGCCCUAGCAGGCUUAACCACUGCACGCCCUGCUGCCCUAGAGGCCCAAAAAGUCCAAACAAUCACCGACGACCUCAUCUGGAGUGUAUCCGACUUCGUCAUCGGCUGUUCCCAAGGUGGCUGCGUCUUCAGAUACGACAUCACUGGUGACGAGAACGAAAUGACCCCUAAGUUCAGCACCCAUUGCGACGGCAUUGUAGGCCAGGCCACCCUCUGCGAGGACAAUAACAUCACGACCACUGUUUCCCCUGCCGGUUGGACCGCUGAUUCAAAGGCACAGUGGGAGGUCGGUGUCGUCCACACCUGGAAAACCUGGCUCAGCGACGACUCCCUCGCGACUUGGUACCAGCAUGGCGUGAAGAAUGCUACCGUCCCUGACCGCAACCCUGUUCAUUUUGUUAUGAAGCCUACGAAGGAGUACGGCAUUGCCUAA